AAUUAAUUCCAUGCCCCAUUAAUUUCUUCAGUAGUGAGGUAAUUCCUGUCGCCUCAGUGCUCUGCAUUUAAUGAUGUCCCUUCUUUUAGUAUCCUAGAUAUUAAAUAUCUCACUCAUUGACAAAGCAGACACCUCUUUUUCUCUCUGUUUCUUUUCAUUAUAGCCAACUCGAGAGGUAGAAGAACAGCUGUGUCACUGCUUUGCAAAACAUUAUGUUUUCCUCCUGCUUGACUGUCGCAGAUUCCACCACCAGGAGGCCCUCAUUAAAGUGCUUAUAGCUAGGCAAAGAAAACACCAGGACGGUGAAAUGAGAUGGAGAAACCCAUCCCCACAGGAAUAAUCUGAAACUAAUACUUAUUCUACAAAUAGAGGUUUUCGGAGUGCUGUGCAGGCAUCUAUAAAUUAAUUAUUCCAGGAAUCCUAAUAUCCAACCAUCAGUUGUACUGUAACUUUUGAGGAUACUGGGGUGUCACGGGUGGUAUCCCUACAUUGAAUCACCAAGUGAUAGCCGGGAGAGUUCAUGCCUUUGUCUUCUGGAUAGUAAAGCUCUUAAUAACGUAAGUAAAAUGAUAAAAUGGGAUAAAGCACGGUUUUGAUUUCUAGUCACUCAAGUCUGCCCUCUAGCUUUCACCGAACGAAUAUGCCUGCCCCUAAUUCACCUCUGCCUUCUCUCUUUUAGUUAUUUAGUUCUUCCUGGGUUUUUAAUUUUCUUUCACUUUCCACAGCAGGCUUUUAUUGUCUCCUAAAAGUUCUAAAUAUCUACACUAACAGUCUGUCUGAUUGUUCUCUUUUGCUAACAUGACCUUCUUUAAAGAAAGGGGGAAGGAGAAAUGUUUUCAUCCUUUUUUUGCCAAGUUGUGCACUUCUUUCUGUAAUUACUGGCUCUUCAAAGCAGCAGUCAUUGCUUUGGCUGAAAUGUAGACUUUGUUAUUCAAAAGAACAGUGUGUCCGUGAUCUCUUAACUAAAAAGUAUAGAGUUGUCAAUUUUCUUUCCUUAAACCCCAUUUUUUUCUCUUCGCUGCUGAGUCAAGCCUUGCAUAUCUGCUUCUGUUCUGGUUUCCCAAGAUCGUAUUUCGGUACUGAUGAGUCCCAAGACACAGCUUGGUGAUGCAAUUUCAAAAUGGAUGAUAGGUGAGAGUAGUUUUGGUCCUGUCAGGAAAUGCAGCUUGUGCAAGCUGUAGGCUGCAAACAGACUUACCCCUUGUCUUUCAAACUCAGUUUCUGCCCUCCUUCCCUGAAUUCACACAUACACAUUCUACAUGUUUACAUUUGUUUACUUGGGCCUUUUAUAUAUGUACUAAUGUGUAAAACGUGUAUCCAGAAAAAGCGUAUAUGAAGCCAUGAUGUUGUAUACAAAGUUCUCAGGCCUCUGAAGAGGUUUUCCAAUCAUUGUUCACCAUUCUGGCCACACUGCUCACCUUAAAGAGUUUAAGCAAAUAUGCGGGCAGCUCACCCGCUCAUGUGCUCUAGUUAGAAUCCAUUGCUUCCUGACAGAGUUUGCCAUGAGGCUGACCUUGGUGACCGGGAGACACGUGCAGUCCACACAGCAGUGAAAACUUGUUUUAAGCUCUAUGUCAUUCUGUUCCCGUUACCUCGCUACUCCUUGCUUGCUUCCAUGUCUGUUUUUUCAUUCUUCUCUUUGUCUCUUACUUUCACAGUCAUCUGUUUCUGUGGGUCACUUAAGAUGUCCUUUCCAGGGAAUGAUGAAAUAUUAAACCUGCAGUCUGUAAAUUCCCAAUUAGCAGAUGCAGGGAGGCUAUACCAGGGAAAGGACCUCUCAGUAUGGGUCAGUUUCUUAAGCUCUGUUGUAACCCUCCAUAGCUGGCAGCUGCUGGAGACAAGAUGUUAGGCCCUCGGGCUGUGGUGUUGUUUAUAAGGGAGAGCAAACAGGGCCUGUGUUCUGAAUCCCCUUCUAAGCUUAUUUUAUCUCAUGCCUUAGAUGAACAUCAACUGCGCUUUGUCCAUACAAACAAGUGAACUGCGUCAUGAGAUGCUGAGAAGUUCAGUGUGUAUAGCACACUAUGAAGAUGGGAGAAAAGUGCUAAGUAUUGUGUUCUCUUCCAUGUUCCUUCACCGUUCUUUCUCUCCACUUUGCCACGCUACCAACCCCAAGAAGCUACACUAACAGGGACUAUUCCCAGCUGGAACCAGAAAAACUCAAGAUGAACAACCUGCCAUCACCAGAGGGAGGGGAAAGUCAUAAGAACACUGAUAUUCCUUCAACAUGACAGGCAGUCCGGAGAAGACUGGAACCAGGACAUGGACAAGCUUCUAGCAAGUACCAACCUCAUCAGACAAGCAAAGUCUUCCAAGUCCCAACAGAAGCAGCAGGCAAAGCCAAGAGCAGAAAACUGGCCAAAAGAAGAGCAUGUUCAGUUCUGCAGCAUGGCUGGUUUAAAAGAAAAGCUCCUACCAACCGAGAGGCUGAGCUAGAAAGCCAAAAGUUUUCCAAACUCAUAAGAUUAAAGUUCAAUGCUGGUGUGUGAAUAAGUUAGAGAAGCAUUGACUCUUUUGGCCACAACAGUUAAGACAGUAUUUGCAGUACUCCUAGCUUGUUUGUAUUGGGAGUCAGAAUUUCUUUGGUGUGAAGAAUACACACACAGUCCUGUGUUCUGCAGCAUGGCAGAUGCAUCCGUGAGCAACUCCCUUGUUUUAACUCCCUUUCUGAUGAGCUAUGGUGGUUAAAUCAAGUUUUCUGCCUCAGCUUCCUCCUAAAGCAAUAAUCCCUGUUGCUUCACUCUCUUUUCCUGUCUCAUGCACCAAUGUGUACAGCUGCCGCCAGGCAAACUCUACCUCCUGUAUUUGCAUUCAGUCCCAGAGAAGUCCCUCUGUCUAUAGGAAUGGUGGGAGUCCACCACAUGGCAAAACUGAUCCGACACCUUGCUGAGGCAGGCCUUCUCUGUCUUUCUUCCCCAUCCCCCAGCUGCCUGAUCCCAUCUUUUCUUUUUUUACUGUUUAGAUGAGCACCGGAGUGAAUACAAAUAGGAGAAAUGCAAAGCCGUUUAGAUAAGGGAGAGCAUAAUGCCCUGCUGGCUAAAUCGAAGCUUGAGCUAACUCGGAGAGCUGCAACAGGAGACCUUAGUUAGGGGGAGCGUGCAAGCCUGGCCGUGCUCUGCAGUCUGUUCAGGCCUAGCCCUAGGGCCUGACCGGCUGCAUUAUGUACUUCAUUCCCUUGGGUGAUGGCUUUCCAUUUAAUCUGCUGUGAGCGGAGGAACAUUUAAUCAAUUCUUUUGGUUUACUUAGUGAAAUGAAAAUAUUUCCCCUGUAGACUUUAACCAGGCCUGCGACUGGGCUUUAAUUCAAAUGCAAGCUUGUCAGUGGCAUCGUCACUGACUUUGAAGAGUGGUAACAGUUUCAGAGCAAAUAAAUUUUACUAUAGCUUGCUUCAUCCUACUUCUAUCUGACGUUGGAGGUCAAUUCAAGUGAACAAAGAUAUAUGUAACUGCAAUUACUGCUCCCACUUAGCAACAUAUGUGGGCAGUCUUAUUUCAUAAUUAGUCUGUUAUUCCUGUUUAUCAUAAAGUUGCUUAAGCUAAAGUAGAACAAGGUGCACUUAUUCCAGAACAAAAAUCCAUGUAUGUGGAGUUAGUCAAGAGCAGUUAUUUUGGAAUUUGCAAAAGCUAUUUAGAAAGCUUUCCCAGUUUAAAAAAGACUGGUAUCUCCCAAAGUAUACAUUUCACAAUUCAGAGUAAUAUAUUUCCCCGAAUGCAUUUCAUUUCUUGCCAUAGAGAUUUUUGUGCCAAGAUUGAUAAAUUGCAGGUCACAGCUCCAGCAUCCCAAGCAGGAAGAAUUACUUGGUUAAAAAUGAAAAAGCUGCUUUAAAAUAGUUUUUUUUUUUUUAUCUAUUAGCAUAGGUUAGAAAUCUGCUCAGUGAUAGAUUUUUUUUUUUUUUUUUUAAAGGACUGAAUUUUAGCUACAACCAGGAUAAACACUUAAUCUAUGUCUGUCAAUUUUGCUCCUGGUCUGCUUGUUAGUUCAGGCAAUCCUUGAGUUUCUACUAAUUUAUCAGCUACCAGUGAAAUUAAGAAGUAGGUAUGUCAGCCCAAAAAUGCUGCACUCAAAAGCUUGUUUAUGGACAAAGAGGAAGCAUACCUUGUGUAUAAUUAAAGUCAAGGAUUUAUUGCUAGUAUGAUUGAAAUCUUGAGAGUUUAAUGAUUAUUGACCCAGAUAUAACUUGCAGAAAGAGAAAGGAUAAUAAUGCAGUUAGAGUACUUCCAUAAAAUGGUAACACAUAAACACAUACACUUCUUGGCUUCUACCCCUUUUCCUUGUAUUUCACUCACCCUUCCACUGCUUCUGUGGGUCGUAAGGUUGGUGGUUUCAUUCUGUUGUGUAUGUGGGGUGAUAUGGAGAGUUGUCAGCAUCUGGAGUCCUUUGCUGGGAGAAUAUUAUCUUCAUGUUGAUUGUUUCUCCUUCCUUGCUCUAGGAUCCACUUGGUGUCAUUUUUAUAUGUUUGCUAGCAUGCAUUUACACCUUUCUUCAUUGGUCUGCAGUGCCAUGCUACAUCUGAUUUUAUGAUAUGUUGUGCCUAUUGUAUAUGUUAGUUACUAUUUUUGUUACUCCUAAAACUGGUUUCACCCAGCUCCAGGUCAGCAUUUCUUUGAUCACCAGCGAGUUGUUCAUAGCCAUCAGGUCUCCAGUGCCAAGCCUGUGCCUUGCCAGUUAUCUUUGCAUGCCGGUACUCGUCUGCACAUAUUGUGUCCCCAUUUCUCAAGGCCUCUGCUAUUGCACCAGGCCGGUAUUUCUCUACACUGUGUCCUUGUGCUAGUCGUAAAUCUGUCAUUCUAUGCAGAAUAACUGUUAGUUACUGCUAUUUAUAUAAAAUGAUGGCUGUACCACAUGCAGAUAAACAGAAGUAAAACAAAUUAGCCAUAGACCUGGUCAGUUACGGAAACUGCUGUCACAGCUAACCAAGUAAAAAGUACAGAAGGGUUGAGAGAAGUUCAAACAAAGCAAGCCUGACAAUCCUCAGUCCUGAGGCCUUGCAAAUUCAGUACAAAGCUUAUGGCAAAUUACUGAGGAUGGCAAUACUGUAUUGCAGGGCUACAUGGUUAGAAGGUUUUAGCCCCAAAAGCCAUUAGCCCCAAAAGCCACGAGCAGGUAAAAGCAAGCUGUACACAUUACCAGAACAUCCAUCAGGUUUCAGCAAUUUUUUUAGAACUAGAUAUGCUGGCAUUUUUUCUCUUUUGGGCUAGAAAACACAAGAAUUAGAGUCCCAGUUAUCUGACCUUUUAAAACUAGAAGUUAGCUCAAAGUAUAUUGCAUAUUUUUACAGACAAAAUUGCAUUACGUAGUGAAUGAUGGAAAGCAAGGGUAAUGGCAAGGAUAGUCAAGCACUGAAAUUGUCUGGUUCUUUCUCAAAAACUUCUGAUAAAAGAAAAUCCACAGCCUAUCCAGGCAAACAAACAUCUGCCAAGUUUAGCUGAUUCUGCUUUGAGCUAGAUAAUCUCUUGAUGUCCCUUCCAGUCCUAUUGUUCUCUAUUACUAGUUUGCUUUUUUACCUUAGAUAAAAAAUUCCUUGUGCAUUCUCAAAAGGGAUUGCUUUUCUUACCUCCUUUGUCUUUUUGAUUGACUCUGCAUAUGAUAUACUGAUGCGUGUCUCCAGAAAGCCUCUGAGUUUAGGUCUUGCAAAGCUUAAAAGUGGCUUUGUUUAUUCCAGUCUGCAUUUUUUUUAUCAUGUCAUCCUUUGUUAUAGAUAAAGAAUUACUUAUUUCACAAUCACCUAUUAAAAUGAACACAAAAAAAAUGAGGCUCAUGGUGCUUGGACUGCUAUCACUUACUGCAUUUGUAUAGUUGACAUACAGAUUAUUUAUUUUUCAUUUAGAAAAAUACCCGUGCCUGAAUUCUCUAGUCGGUGUUUUGAUAUCAGUAAGUUAUCUUUGGCUGCUUUCCUUCUCCAGUCACAUCCAACCUGUUGUGGUCCUGACUUGACCUGGCACCUCUUUAACACCAAUGGGCACAGCCCUCUAUCUCAUCAUUUCCUCCAGAGCUGCAAUGCUGAACCAUGGUCUGGACAGAACAUCUUGAUACACAGAAGGGAGAUCUCUAAUCCUAUAACAUAUCCGUAAUGAUUAACUCAGGGUAAAUUAGAGGUAGCAAAAUCUGUGUCUUUUUAAUGCAGGAUCACUCUCAACAGUGUAGUAUUGAGUAUUUUGUCAAGGCUUUGCCUAAAGAUCUGAAGACUGGGACAGAGCCAUCACUCAGUCUCACAGUACCAUCUCAAUUCCUUCCAGUAAUUCCAUUUUAACAACGGAGCCCUCUUGUUGCUCCAGUCCAAACAACGAAGCCUAGCUGGUCUGAUAUUUUGCCAGUCCUAUCCUGAGACCCAUUGUAUGCAUACAGCUUUUGCAGUUCAUCUUAGUUCUGACCAGAGAAGGAAAACAUAGGCAAGGUUGUUUUCUUUAUGUAAAACUUAAAGCCUAUGCCAACAUAUGCAGAGUUUCAGGCAUAUUCAUAAGAUGGACACGACAUUCAAAGAAGUGUACCAGAGGCACUGCAGAUAAAUGAGGGAUUUGGACCAGAAGUGGCAGAAAGAUAAGCAAGAAUUCCUUAAGUACAAAAAAUUUGUGUGGAUUCAUCGUACUGUGUUCUGAUAACCUGAAUUCAGUUCUGCUACUCUUCUUGUUUGCUAGAGGUAUAGCCCACUAGUUAACAGGGGUUUCCAGAAGAGCUUUCGAGCAUGGAGAAAGAGGAGCAAGCUGUGAUGUGCGGAGUUAAUUAGUACAAAUUCCAUGGGACACAUUAAAGCAGCAUGGCCUUUCCCCAAGACUGACUGAGGUGGAAUCUGUUUGCCUGGUGCUUCCUCGCAGAAAGGUUUUUGGCAGAUUUUGGUUUGGAAGCAGUGAUGGUUAAUUCUGAUGUGACUAAGGGAGUAGCUAAAGUGAGCUAUCAAUACAAGGCUAUCAUGUUUUGUGGAUUUGGGUAAUUUGGGGGAUAUAAUAGCUAACGUAACUUCCAAAGUGAUGCUGGACUUUUACUCUAUAUUCCUUUGCUGUAGGAGACAUAAAGUUUUUACCUUGUUAAUACUUGGAUUGCCUUUGAAAUAUUCAGUGUUCUUUCUUUCUCUCGCUUCCCCUCUCUACCCCCCAAUAUGUAUUUUCAACUUUAUAGGGGAAAAAAACCCAACCAAACAAUUGCUGCUAGAGAAGAGAGCUGAAGAAUAUGAAGAAAUUGCUGCAUCUUUGCCCAGAAGCAUUCUGCAAUUCUGGGAAGAUUUCAGGCGGCGGGUGAGGAAUUUUUCACAAGCACCUUGAAACAGGCUGAGAUGCUGCUCCCAUCCCUUCUGCCAUUUGAAACCCCCCACCCACUGGGGCAGUGACCCUGAGGGCCAGCCAGCAACUCCUGCUCGCAGGAGUACGCUGACAUCUUCUUUAUGUGCAGUCCUGUACCGACUCUGCUACCAAAGGCGGUGGCGACUGAAAUCCUCUGGGUCUUUGGUGCACCAACACACCAGCAACAGGAGGACCCUCCACUAAACAGGAGGAUUUUGUUCAUCCCUAAAGCUUUUAGUAGGUAGUGAUCAAUACUUUACUGCCUGCUCUUUCAUGAUGAAGGCCAUGGAGGAUCAAGUAGUCCAGGAAGAACCAGGAUACCAGGAUGAUGAGGAAUCCUUUUUUCAGGAUAUUGACCUGCUGCAGAAGCAUGGAAUUAACGUAGCAGACAUUAAAAAACUGAAGUCAGUUGGGAUCUGCACGAUCAAAGGAAUCCAGAUGACCACAAGACGGGCACUGUGCAAUGUGAAAGGGCUUUCAGAGGCCAAAGUGGACAAGAUUAAAGAAGCCGCAAACAAGCUUAUUGAACCAGGCUUCCUGACCGCCUUUGAGUACAGUGAAAAACGGAAGAUGGUAUUUCAUAUUACUACUGGCAGCCAGGAAUUUGAUAAACUUCUGGGUGGUGGGAUUGAAAGCAUGGCAAUCACUGAGGCCUUUGGAGAGUUCCGGACAGGCAAAACCCAGCUAUCUCACACCCUUUGUGUGACAGCUCAGCUUCCAGGACCGAAUGGCUACACAGGUGGAAAGAUUGUCUUUAUUGACACUGAAAACACUUUCCGACCAGACCGUCUUCGUGACAUUGCUGAUCGCUUCAAUGUUGACCGCGAUGCAGUACUUGACAACGUGCUGUACGCACGUGCAUAUACUAGUGAACAUCAGAUGGAAUUGCUUGACUAUGUAGCAGCCAAAUUCCAUGAAGAAGCUGGUAUCUUCAAGCUAUUGAUCAUUGACUCCAUAAUGGCACUUUUCCGUGUGGAUUUCAGUGGUCGUGGAGAGUUGGCUGAACGACAACAGAAACUCGCUCAGAUGCUGUCAAGGCUCCAAAAAAUAUCAGAAGAAUAUAAUGUGGCUGUGUUUGUGACCAACCAGAUGACUGCUGAUCCAGGAGCAACUAUGACCUUUCAGGCGGACCCAAAAAAGCCCAUUGGGGGCCACAUCCUUGCUCAUGCUUCGACUACCAGGAUUAGUUUGAGGAAAGGGAGAGGGGAGCUGCGUAUUGCAAAGAUAUACGACAGCCCUGAGAUGCCUGAAAACGAAGCCACAUUUGCAAUAACUGCUGGAGGGAUUGGGGAUGCCAAAGAAUAGGCAGAAAACCGAUGUAAAUGUACAGCUGAAAACCACCUGGGCAGCUGAGAUGAAGAUUUGUGCAAGGUCACUGACUGCCUGGCUGCAUUUUUAUCUUUUGGGAACCAUUUGAGAUAUUUUGGGAGAACAUUGGGAUGAACUCUGUACAGUUCAGUUUUAUUGAUCUGAAUAGAAUUUGGUUCAUUUAGGGUCUUCAUUUUUCAGUUGGACUUUCAGCAGACAAAGAUUUAAGAAAUAAGCUUGUGAAUUGUUCAAAGAAUCCUUUUCCUAUAUUUUGUGAAAAUCAAAGCUGUCCUUUCACAUGAGAUUAAUAGUCUUUUUUAGUUUCUUUCAAAGAGAGUGUCUCUGUGGUAGAAUUUCACUGCGAAAGGGAACAGAACUGGAAUAAACUCAGUUAUAAAAUUGACAUAAAUAGAUGGAAAAGGCAGUGGCAGGAGCAAGAGCCCAAGAGCUUGAUGGACUGUCAUGUACUGUAGAGGAAGAAGUUACUUUAAAAAUACAUUUUUAGGCAUUUUUAUCUUGACUAGAUAAUUUUUGUAUUUUUAUUUAGCAUUUUCUGCUUUUUGGGGAGAAGGUUUUAAAACUGUUCUUAUUAAAGUUAAAAAUAAAGAUUAUGAAUUAGAACAGCA